AACACACAAACACAUCCCAGCCGUCAGCCCGUAGCCCAAAACCAGCCCGCAGCUCACAGGGAGACACCACUUAUCACACACACCACGGCCUACUACAGGGAUGGACUAUGAGCCCACUAAGAAAGCCAAGAAGGGUUUUGUAUCACCCAUCAAGCUCCUGGUCUUCUCUAAGUCGGGGCGCAGACAGACAGACAGGAGUAGUGUGUCCCGUAGACCACUCCACACCGUACCCCUCUACCCUCCAGACUUCCUCAUCCACCCGGAGAGACUCAUCUAUGACUAUGUAGAGAAGGAGGUCAAGUUCCUGGGUCACCUGACGUGGGUGUCGUGUUCUCUAAACCCUUCCAGUAGAGAUGAACUGCUGCAGCUCCUGGACACGGCCAGGCAGCUGAAGGUGCUUCCCCUGAAGACCAGCGUUGAGCAGGACUGUAUCCUGAGCCUGUCAGCCCGAUGUCUUCUUCUGACCUGGCGAGACAAUGAGAAGCUGCUGCUGAGGAUCCCUACGCACGAGAUCGCUGCUGCCUCCUACCUGAGAGAUGAUGCACUGCACCUCCUGGUGCUCAAAACAGGUUUAAACGUAGAUACCGUCCUAGCAGGUGGUAACAGCCUGGAGAAGAAAAAACCAGGAGGCAUCGAGGGUCGUCGUCAGACCAUGAGCAACUCUGACCCCCGUCCAGCAGGUGGCACUAUGGAGCGCCGACACACCAUCUGUGGAGUGGACUGGAAGAACCACAAACCCUCCUCCAAGCAGCAGCAGCAGCAGCCGCAGCCCACCCCAGCCCUGGUGCAGGGUGCUGGGGGAGGAGGAGGAGGAGGAGCUGGUGGAGUGUCUGGAGGUGCUGGUGGCAGCCUAGAGAGGCAGCCCAUGGUAGGAGGAAGCUGGGAGCGGAGACAGACCAGGAAGCCUGGAGGAGGAAGCUGGGAGAAGAGGCCUGUGAGUGGGAGCUGGGACCGACCCAGACCGGUCGGGGGGAGUUGGGAGAAAAGACACGGGGCCAGCGGAGUUGGAGGAGGUAGCUGGGAGAAGAGGCAUGGAGCUGGAGGGAAGCCUGGAGGCAGCUGGGAGAGGAAGCAGGGAGCUGGAGGGAAGCCUGGAGGCAGCUGGGAGAGGAAGCAUCCCCAGGGAGGGAGUUGGGAACGCAGGCAGGCCUGUACAGGGAGCUGGGAGAGGGGGAAGAGCUAUGGAAGCUGGGAGAGGAGAAACCAUAACCCACUGGAGCCUACACCAUGCCCUGAUGCCUACUGUAAUCUGGUCAUACUGGCUGUGGAGAACAGGGAUGCAGCGGAGGAGUACUGUGCUCUGAUCUGUCAGAUGUUCCAGAUUAUCUAUGGUCACCAGACUAUAGAGUGUGUAGACCGGUCUGGGUUCCACUACACCAUGCCAGAUCGCUACUGGCUACAGAGGAGUGACAGCUGUCUGACUGACAUGACGUACAGCUACGACGCUGACUUCAGCCUCUGCAGCUCUUAUGAUGGAUCCCAGGAGGCCUUUGACCUGUACUACAGUGAGAGUUACAGUGAGAGCUCGUCUCUGUCCCUACAGGGGUCACAUCACAGCCUGGCAUCGCUGCAUAGUGACGGAGGAGACAGCAACCAGGGCCUACAGCUCAUGCAGGAGUACAUGAUCACCCUAAGGAGUAAGCUGAGUCCCCAGGAGCUCCAGCAAUUUGCACUGCUGUUGAGAGAGUACAGGUUGGGAUCUCCCAUAGCUGUGUUCUGUUCUGACCUGCUACAGCUGUAUGGAGAUAACAGGAAGUUCCUGCUUCUGGGCAUGCGUCCUUUCAUCCCAGACAAGGACGUGGGCGUUUUCGAGAGCUUCCUAGAAGGCAUCGGGAUCCGGGAGGGGGGCAUUCUGACGGACAGCUUCGGCCGGAUCAAACGGAGCAUGAGCAGUACGGCGGCGACGGCCGUCCGGGGUUACGACAGCUGGUCACUCCCCUCGGGCUCGCAGGACUUCAACCGCAGGAUCAGUGACAUCACACACGACAUCGAGGCCCUGGGGUUUCAACAUGAACAUGGGGGGUGGCAGGGAGAGCAGGGGGGGUGUCAGGGAGAUAUAGAGGAGGAGGAUUAUUAUCUGUGAAGGAGUGGUGGGGUCGUUGUGGAACAGAAAUGUAGUCGUUUUGCCGUGUUUAUCCACAAUAUCAUGAACACACUCAUGUAAACACACACCACACACGAGACUGAGAUUAGCCACAGGGUCAGCCACAGGGUCAGCCUCAGGGUCAGCCACAGAGUCAGCCACAGGGUCAGCCACAGGGUCAGCCACAGGGUCAGCCACAGGGUCAGCCACAGAGACAGCC